UAAAAGGGCGUUUGAUUAAGAAUAAUAUAGUAUUAUCUUUUUGAAAGUACUUUGAGCUUAUUUUUAUUUUUAUUUUAUCGUGCGAGACUAAUACCUUUCAGUUUCAACAUGCUUAAACGUAUUUCAUGUACACUGGGUUUAUUAGGGAGAAGCCACAGGUGCGUAGGUGCUAUGCUGCAAACCGUGUCCCCAACUCAAUGCCACCACUAUUACUCCCUGAGUCGAAUAUCCUACACCAAUGUACAGACACCGGAGGAAAAUCUUACCGUCGCUACGCCCUCUCCCUCAUCUUUAUUCCAGUCAGAGGAGUCGGCCAAUAACAUUGAUGAGACUAAUAAGACCGCCUUGGAUGUAGCAAUUUACGUUAACAGCAUGAAAAAGCAGCACCAAAAUGGAGGUGCUGGUAUCGAUAAAAAGCAAAUUGAGCUGGAUGCAUGGACUGCACUUAACGCACUGACAGAACACCAAGUUAAUACUGCGGAGGGAAAGGCUGUCGCGUUGCUGCUUAACACUUGGUCGUACUUUGCCAAGUAUUGGGAAAAUGGAAAAGAUGGACCUGUGAAGGCUUGAGAAAGUUGAUAAAGUAUCCUGCGAGGAUAAUAUAAAGUCAGAUACAAACAGUGCAGAAGCAAACUGGGGAGAUAUUUAACUCAGAGCAAAAGGAAUCUGGUAUAAGAUUUUUAUUUUUCCUCUCUAUGGUCUUUUUUUAGAUAGUAUUUUUAAAUAUGUCGAUUUCAGACUUAGGGCUAUGGUGUUGCAGAGAAAAUUAGAAUCUUCACAAGAAACUCUAUCCACACUUUUUGGUCUUCUUUUUUAACCUAUUCCUUUCUUUUAA